CUGCAGGCCAUGGAAGACAUCGUUUCCGGUCGAGUUUCUCCGCGCGGAGCGACUGUGCCGCGCAUGCGCAGCAGAGGGGCGGGGCUAACGUCGUUCCCGGAAGGGCCGUGCCGAGCCAUGCCGGCCCUCGCCGGCUUCCGUCAGCGGCUGGCGGCGCCGCUACGGGCCCGCGGCGGGGCCAUGCCCCGGAAGGGAAAAGCGGCCGGGAAGGAGCCCACCGAGCCCGGCGCCGCCGCGGGGCCGGUGUUGGCAGCGGGCGACGGCGGCGUCAGGGUGUCGGUGCGCGCCAAGCCCGGCUCCCGCCGCAGCGCCGUGACAGAUGUGACAGCCGAGGCGGUAGGUGUGGCUAUUGCUGCACCGCCUUCAGAAGGGGAGGCGAACGCAGAGCUGUGCCGCUACCUUUCCAAGGUGCUACAAGUGAAGAAGAGUGACGUUAUUUUAGAGAAGGGUGGUAAAUCACGUGAUAAGGUGGUGAAGAUUUUGGUAUCGCUGACACCAGAUGAAGUGUUAGAAAAACUGAAAAAAGAAGCUUCCACUUGACCUAAAACAAGAGUGGAAAAUGGAACAAUGUUAUGCAUCUUGGUGAACAGAAUGAUGUUUUUUUCUUAUGUAAAUUGGUCCUUCUGGGAAUUUGGAUACUGACUGGGAAAAGAUAUGCUCCUCUGCUCCUUCUUUCUUUGUUACUGGCACUGCUGUGUAGCUGAACUGUUCAUGUAGGUUUGGUAGGAAAAGCCUUGUUUACAGAGGCUCUGCGUCUGCUUCUGUCAGUAACACUUGUCCUCUUCCCUGCUCUCUCAGGGUUUCUGAAUGCAGCAAAAUUUGGUUCAUAAAGUAGAAGGCUUGGAGUGCUUUAAAGGCAUCAGUGCAAUGUGAAGCGCGAAACAGUCUGGGUGGUACAGACCCUGGAAGUGUUCUCUUUAAUAGCUGGUGGCAGGUGUUGGGUGCAGUUCCACACUAUGCUAAAUAUACAUAUCUAAAAUUAAUGUAUUUAAAGCUAAUGUAUAUACUGUGGUUGGUCAUCACACAGGCAGGCUAAAACCAGAAUUGCUAGUCUGUAAUUAGUUACCUGAAAAGCAGAGCUAUAAUUGUGGUAGCUCUACAAAACGUAUCUCAAAUGUAAUGACUUUUUAAUAAAAGAGCAAAAAAAUAUUACCAAA